AAAAAUUUACGUAACUAAGAAUGCUUUCCAAAUAAACAAAUGAAGUGAAUUUCAUUAAAGAUUUUGACAGAGUCCUAACCUAGAUCCGAAUUUACCAAAGGCAUAGGCCCUAAAAUUCGCCAACAAAUAAUUAAUAUAUUUAAGGACUUUUACCAACGAAUUACGGAUUUUUUUUUUUCUCAUUUUACACAAACGUAUUAUCUUUUAGCCUUAGCUAGUUACAUUGUAAAGAAACUGAUUCAAUCUCUUCUAACACAACACGACCAGAAUAUAUAGAGGCAAUAUGUACAGAUCCGCGAGCUGGAACCGUGUGACCGAGGAUUACUCGGUGCCUUGGUCCGCACCAAAGGGAUUAUGGAAGGGCCUAGACGAAGACGACUCCGCUCCAUACAAUCCCAUCGGGCAAGAGGGGACCAAGAAAGAGAAGUCACGUUCCAAGUUUGCUGAAAACGCCGUUCACAUAAUCCCUUUUGUCCUUAUUGCUUGUGCUCUCGUCCUUUGGUUCUUCUCUAAUACAGAUGUGGAUGUUGGGGUGAAAGGAGAAUCGAUUGCGGCUAAGAUCGAAGGGUUAACGAUCGAAGGAGACAUUGAUAAUGACAGCGACGGAACUCAGACCGGGUUCUUAGGCGGCGCCACAGAGGUCGGUGGUUCUUACAAGACUAGACUAAAACGCGGCUUCAAUAAGCGUCAUCGGAGGAUACAAGCGUCAAGGAAAGUGGUGAAAGAUUUCUAUUAGCUUUUU